UUUCAGGAAGUAGAUCAAACCUCUUCUGUUUUCAAAAGAGAAACCGUAAAAUCUUCACAUUAUGAUACAUUAAAGAAUUUCGCAGGUCUUUUAAACUUCACAGUAAUACUCUAGUCCAAGACGGAGAGAAACGGUGUUUUGGUGAAAGUCUUCUGGAGGAGAUUUAAAGAGUGAGUGCGAGUGAGGGGCCGUGAUGAGUCGUCCUCCCUCCAUGCAGCCGCAGAUGUGCGGCCCCUGGGAACUGAAGGAGCGAUUGGGAACCGGUGGGUUUGGGAAUGUCACUCUCUGGCAAAACAAGGACAGCAGUGUUCAGAUCGCUGUUAAACAGUGUCGGCAGGAACUCAGCGCCAAGAACAAGGGCAGAUGGAGUUUAGAGAUACAGAUCAUGAAGAGGUUGAAUCACAUAAAUGUGGUGGCGGCGAGAGACGUUCCAGAAGAACUUCAGAAACUGGCCACAAACGACCUGCCGUUACUGGCCAUGGAGUACUGCCAAGGAGGAGACCUCCGCAAGUAUCUAAACCUGCUUGAGAACUGCUGUGGCAUGCGAGAGGCUGCUGUACUGACACUUAUCCAAGAUAUAUCGUCAGCUCUGACAUACCUCCACGGGAUGAGAAUCAUCCACAGAGAUCUCAAACCAGAGAACAUCGUCCUACAGCAGGGCGAAAAAAGAUUGGUCCAUAAGAUCAUAGAUUUAGGUUACGCUAAAGAACUGGACCAGAGCAGCCUGUGCACGUCGUUCGUUGGGACGCUGCAGUAUUUGGCCCCCGAGUUGUUGGAACAGCAGAAGUACACAGUGGCGGUGGAUUACUGGAGUUUUGGCACGCUGGUAUUCGAGUGUAUCACUGGAUUUAGACCAUUUCUACCAACCUGGCAACCCGUUCAAUGGCACACCAAACUGUUACAGAAACAUGAAGAUGAUAUAGUGGUUUAUGAAGAUCUCACAGGAGAGGUCCGGUUCUCCAAACAUCUGCCUAAUCCACACAACCUCAACAGAUUGUUAGCCGGUCAACUGGAACACUGGCUACAGCUGAUGCUGAGAUGGUCACCUAAAGAGAGAGGUAAAGAUUUAAGACAAAGGGGUAAAGAGAGUCAGGAUGUGCCCAAAGACACCGAGGAGGACAGUAAAGAGACCCCAGAGGGGUGCAAAGAGUCUCCAAAGGGCACAUGUUUCUGCUUUGAUGAGUUAAGCCGCAUUCUGAAUCUAAAGCUGGUCCACGUGCUAAAUAUGACCUCCGCUGAAAUAUUGACAUACUCCGUCCAGCCGGAGGACGACGUGGCAUCCCUACAGGAGCGAAUCGCACAGGACACGUGCAUUUCUCCAGCCAAUCAGGAGCUGCUGUUGGAGGCGGGGCUUGCCGUAGAGCCGCAUAAUAGCGUCAUGCAGUGUGCGAUUGAUUAUUGUUUGCUGGAAACUCGGCGGGCAGAGGAGCCCCUGGUUUUCCUGUUUGACCGUUCGUGCUGCAACUACGAACCGCAGUUUAGCCCACGCGUCCUUCCUGAAAACAUCCGAUUCGUCCAAAAUGACCCCAAACGCUCGCUGGCCUACAGCGCACAGAGACGCACAUGGGGUCAAGCCUGGCACACCAUACGCACGCUGAAAGAAGACUGGCAGAGACUGCAGCAGGGGCAGAAAGUAGUCAUUAUGAGUCUUCUCAGACAUAACGGUACACUGUCCAAACAAAAGAAUGAGAUGGUGUCCAUGCAUCAGAGGUUAAAGGCCACGCUGGAGUUUUUCAGCACUAGUCUGCACAUCGAUAUCGACAAAUACCAAGAGCAGAGAGCUACAGGGAUAGCUUCUGAAAAAUUAUUGGGUGUUUGGCGAGAAAUGGAACAGACAGCUAACAACUGUGGGCAGACGGAGGAUGUGAAUAAAUUGGAAGAGGAGAUGAUGACGCUUCAGACUGAUAUCGUGGACCUUCAGAGACAACCCUGGAGGAGCGGAGAGGCUUUAGAGACACUUGAAGUGAAGGCCAUGGAUCUGUUCCGUAAGCUGAGAGAGAAACCCAGAGAGCAGCGUUGUCAGGGUGACUGCCAGGAAGUGAUCAAACUGGUGGUUCAAGCCGUGCAGUUUUACGAGAGGAAGUUACGGGACUUCUACACACACCUGAGUAAGACGAUGGUGUGUCGUCAGCGUGUUCUGGAGUUGUUACCGCGUGUGGAGGGGAUGGUGAGCGCCAUGGCUCAGAGUGAGAAUCGACUGCUCCACCUACAGGAGAAACGACAGAAAGAGCUUUGGAACCUGCUCAAAGUUGCCUGUAGUAAAGUUCGCAGUCCGGUGAGUGGCAGUCCUGACGGGGGGCGAACUCCUCCGACCCCUGGACCCCCUCUGCUGUCCCACAGACCCCAAACUACCACCAGCCUGCCCAAUUUACCCCCAAAUGACGAGUCUCAGCUUGUGAUUGAGGAGAGCAAGACAUUUGAGAGCCGACUGCAGAGUUUAGUACAAGAAACCAUUCAGGAAACAGAGACAAGCAUGCAGAUGUUGAGAGAAUGGAAGUGGUUAAACGGAGGGCAGGAUCUGGCUUGAUGUCACAUGUUUCCAGCCUGUCAAUCAUUUCAUAGGAGUGUGUGUUAGAAACUCGAGACCGUUACUGUACUACUGCCAUCAACUGGAGGAAACGUGAUACUGCAGGCAGUGUGAGCUGCCAUUUAACUGACCUGUGUGGGGCCAAAGCUUACCAUAUUUUAAUCAUUUUAUUUGUCCCUGAGGUCGAACUACAAUAUUAGCCAAUGUUGUUUGUCAUAAUGUGGUUUUUGUGACCAUUUUUGUACCAGACCUUCUUUAUGACCCUUAAGGCUGAAACAUGUCCACACCAAUUCGCUGAUAACUCCCAAAAAUCAGACGAAGCACAUUUAUAAUCAAGCUUUUCUCUGCUUUUUCACGUCAAACCUUGAAGAGGUGUCGGAUAAGCCGGUAAGAACGGCAGUUAAGCUGUUAAAUCCACCCAUUUCAAUCGGUUUAUUCUUACGCCGUUUAUGAUCUUAAACUGAUAGAGGAAAGCCGCUUAAUGCAUUUACAUGAUCGCACGCGUUGUCGGCUUAUUAAGCAUAAUCAUUGUAAGAACGUGCAUGUAAACGCACUCAAUCUCAAGACUUCUUGCUAUGCAAGCUCGAUUUCAUGUGUAGUUGCGAUCCAAAAAUGUGUCAGAACGCAAUUCAAUACAUGAGUACGUGUUGCCUUCUCAAUGUUGCCACAAGGGGCGCUAUAGGAGACAUUAGGUUAAUCUGUCCGCUUCUAUGGUGAGUUUUCUUUGCCAUGUUUUUCAAACGGUUUGAAAAGUUUUAAAAAAUACAUUACCUGUAUAAUAACACUUCCAGUUUAAUGGUAUAGACGUUUGAAGGUACAUCUAUCGGCCAUUGAGUACUGAUUAUUCUUAUCUCCACGGUAACGUUAAGCAUGUUCAACCGCGUUCGCAUCUUCGCACUUGAGUACGUUUCAGCCUUUAGAAUUAAACUGACGGUUUUUGCUGCUGUGCCUUUAAGACGUCUAUGUAAACGUCCUCGUCACAUGGGAAAAAAGUAAUUGCGCUUUGUUGCAUUCACACAUGAGCUGCGGGUUUGCUGUCGGGCAGAGUCCCAGAGCCGUCUGUACUGAAAUGUGCUGCUCAAACUGUUCAGAUCAGACUGAACAGUUUGGUCAAGAUUACAAUCAAAGAACAUAUUUCAAAUCAGCAGUUAAAUAUGACAACAAUGGUAUCAUAAAUGGUGCAUUAGCUCAGAUCUGGCUGAAAAAAAUUGCUAUUUUUCAGGCUGGCCCAGCUAAUGCACAUGGGUUUUCUCAAGUUGAUUGACAGGCAAUAUUUGUAUCUGAAAGAUGAUUGGCUCUUUUACCUGUAAGGCGGGACUUCCUUUUGUACACCCACCAAAUUGGACGUUCCAAUUUCUCCCUUUCAUUUUAAUACAAGUACUUUAUUUCAGGUAUACUAUCCUUGUCAUCAUAAUCAUGAAGUUCCUAGAUGAGCUCCUUCUUAUACAUAAUAUGAACAUGUGAACUUAUGAAAUAUAUGCAAUUUACGGCUUAAGUCAACAAUGGUGGCUAUUUUUUACAUCCGGACAAAUAAAAUAUAAACUUUUUGAGGGACAAGCUGAUUGUAAAGCUUUUUUAUGAUGAUUUGUUUAAUGAUGUAAUGGAAGUGUACAUUUUAUGAAAAAUAUUAAAUGAGUUUGACCAAACUAAGUGUGUGGUUUAUGGCAUGUGUGAGUUUGUGUGAUUUCAAUUACUUGAUUUAAAAAACAAAUCACUUUUGAAAUGUUUAGGCUAUGAC